AUGGAGGAGGAACUGCUGCUGCUGGCCCUUCUCGUCGGCCAACCGAGUCAUCUGCUGCUGCAGCUACAACGUCGUCCUGACCUUUUUCGCUGGUUCUUCUUCUUCUUCUUCUUCUUCUACUACUACUACUUCUUCCUCUCCAUCCCCCGUCUUCCUCUGCGGCUUCAUCUGCGUCCUCGUCCUCGUCGUCUUCGUCGCGUGUCCAAAGCGAAUAAUAAUAAUAAUAAGAAGAAGAAGAAGAAGAAGAAAAAAAAAGGAGACCAAGCGGUAAUACCGAUACGGCCGCUGGCUUCUGCCCCCGGCUCGAGACGAGCCAAAGCAAAAGCGACGAAAGCCUUUCCUGGGCUCGUCGUUCGUCGCUCCUCGCCGUCCGUCGCCUGCGUCUCUUCUUCCUCUUCUUCCUCUUCCUCUUCCUCUUCCUCGCUCUGCAAACUCCCCCCAAAAAACCUCAUGCUCAGCACCCGACCUGAGUGA